GAUAAGAGAAUUAAAAUUAACUGUUAUUCAAUGUUAUAACAUGUCCAGUAACGAGUCUAUCGCUGUUAAUUUAAAAAAGGAGUUUCCCGAAGUGUUCGCGGGAGGCCUGGGCACUUUUAAGUCGCGAUUGCGUUUACAUUUAAAGGACGACACGCCCGUGUUCGUGAAGGCCCGUCAGCUACCGCUUGCGCUUCGAGAACCGGUGGAGCGCGAGCUCGAACGAUUGCAGCGGGAAGGGGUUAUUUACAAAGUUGACAGAUCGGACUAUGGGACGCCCAUAGUGCCUGUUGUUAAAUCUAACGGUUCGAUUCGCAUUUGUGGCGAUUAUAAAAUCACCAUAAAUCCACGUCUUAAAGAUUUCCACUACCCGCUGCCACGGAUCGAGGAUCUGUUCGCCACACUAGGUGGGGGCGAGCAAUACACGAAGCUCGAUUUAUCUAAUGCGUUUCAGCAGUGUGUUCUAGAAGAAGACUCACAGCCGAUGACGGCAAUCACGACUCACAUAGGUACUUUUGUUUAUAAGCGCGUUCCGUUUGGAAUUAAAUGUAUUCCGGAGAACUUCCAAAAGAUUAUGGAAGAAACAUUGAGUGGAUUGCCCUCGACGGCCGUGUUCGCUGAUGAUAUUUGUGUUACGGGUAAAGACAAAGGUACACAUUUAAGAAAUUUAAGGGCAGUGCUACACCGUUUGAAUGAAAAUGGUUUAAGAAUCAAUUGGUCUAAAUGUCAAUUUUUUAAAGACAGUGUUACAUACUUAGGUUAUAAAAUUGAUAAAUUCGGUUUGCACACUGAUGAUAAAAAAAUCGAAGCUAUAGUCGCUGCACCCCCACCUACGAACGUAACACAGUUAAGAAGCUUUAUGGGCCUGGUAAAUUUUUACUCAAAGUUUUGUUCGAACAUGAGUGAUAUUUUAAAACCGAUGUAUAAUCUUCUUAAGAAAAAUGUCAAGUGGAAUUGGGACAAAAAGUGCACGAACGCCUUUCAUAAAAUUAAAAAGGUACUGAGUAGCUCUCCGGUGCUGGCGCAUUACGACGCGAGCCUUCCUCUCAUACUAGCGGUGGAUAGCAGUCCUUACGGCUUGGGAGCGGUGUUGUUGCAGCGGCACGCGGACGGCGUGGAGCGGCCGGUGAGCUGCGCGUCGCGGACGCUCACGAGCGCGGAGUGCAACUACUCACAAAUAGACAAAGAGGCACUCGCUAUUGUGUUCGGGGUGACGAAACACCACCAAUACUUAUACGGGCGGCAUUUUAUUCUCCGUAGCGAUCACCGCGCUCUCAGUUACAUAUUUGGGAAAAAACGGGGUAUUCCUUUGACCGCGGCGAGCCGUCUACAAAGAUACGCGGUUAAAUUAGGUGCGUAUGAUUUUGAAAUUGAAUUCGUAAGAUCUAUUGAAAACUGUCAGGCCGACGCACUCUCUUGGCUUCCCUUGCACUCGGCCGAUAGUCGAGUCACGAGUGAGAACGAAAGAGGUAGUUAUCUUAAUUUCAUUCGAGACGAUUUUCCGCUCAGUUUUAAAGAAAUUAAAACGGAGAUCCCGAAAGACCCACUAUUGAGUAAAGUGUACGGUUACGUUAUGUUCGGGUGGCCGAACAAAGCGAUAUCAGAACCCGAAAAACCUUAUUUUAAUAGAAAGGACAAUAUACAUAUAGAUCAAGGUUGUUUAAUUUGGGGUUAUAGGAUGAUAAUUCCUAAAAUACUGCGAGAGAGAGUUUUGAAAGAAAUACACGACGGGCAUCCCGGUAUCGUCAAAAUGAAGCAGAUUGCACGUAAUUAUGUAUACUGGGAGGGUUUGGACGCAGACAUCGAGCGUGUGUCGGCGCAGUGCGCAGCGUGCGUGUCGCAACGCCCCGCGCCGCCCGCCGCGCCGCUGCACUCGUGGCCCUGGCCCGCGGAGCCAUGGUCGCGCUUGAACCUCGAUUUCCUAGGGCCGUUCAAUAACGCGUAUUACUUAAUUAUCAUAGAUGCUCAUACAAAAUGGAUAGAAGUUGAAAAAUUAACAUCGAUCUCGGCAACCGUCGUUAUAAGUCGUUUGAGACAACUAUUCGCUAAAUUUGGGCUCCCGAAAAUGAUCCAGAGUGACAAUGGACCGCCUUAUAACUCGGAGGAAUUCGGGCUGUAUCUUAAACGGAACGGUAUUAAGCAUACUCGCAUAGCUCCAUAUCACCCGUCCAGCAACGGUGCUGCUGAAAACGCCGUUCGUACUAUAAAACGGGUUCUAAAGAAAGCAUUAAUCGAAAAUGUAGACGAUCUAACGGCGCUCAGUAGAUUUCUUUUCACGUAUCGCAACACAGAGCACAGCACCACCGGUCGCGAGCCGGCGGUGGCCAUGUUCGGGCGGCGCCUGCGCGGGCGCCUCGACCUGCUGCGGCCCGACGCCGCCGAGCGGGUGCGCGCCGCGCAGCAGGCGGCCGAGCGCCGCGCCGCGCCGCCGCACACGCUGCGCGAGGCGCAGCCCGGCGACGCCGUGUGGAUACGCGAUUAUGCUAAGAAUAGUGCUAAAUGGGCGGAGGGUGAAGUACUAGAACGAAAGAGUCCGGUGACGUAUGUGGUUAAAGCUAGGGACGGUCGGGUACAGAAGCGCCACAUAGAUCAAAUCCUAACAGACAAACGCAAGUCUCGUCAUUCUUUGGCCUUAGUGUCUCCGACGUCGGACGAUUCCCCUAACCCAAACGCUCGUGAUUUAUCGGAGAACGAAACUUCGAAAGACAGUUCGGUUAACGUUGAAGAAGGUUCAAUAUCCGGUCAUGUUUACGAUUUAAAUAAAGAAGAUGCUAAUUCGAUCGAAGUAGAACAAGAGGGCAUGCGCCAGCGUCGGGCAGCUGCAUUAGAAUGUGUUAAAAAGAUAAAACAGUAUUAAUAAAAUGCCUUAAAAUUAAUUAUAAUAA